UAUUCCACACCUUUCUCCACGCUAAUUAAUCUCACAAUUUUCAAACACAGAAAUUAAAUUAAAUUAACAACAAAACGGAGAGGAGAAGAAUAAGGCGAUGGACAACUCCAGCAUGAGUUACAGUGGCGAUGAGACAGACGACAACUCCGGUGGAUUCGCUUACGGCUUAGGAGUUUCCGUCGGCGUCUUGGUCUUAAUAAUCAUCGUAACCCUCCUCUCCUACUUCUGCACUCGCGUGCGUUUCCCUCCAAACUACCCGUCGUUUCGAAGAUCUUCAAGCGCCGUCAGGCAGCUGCAACUCCAAAACGACGGCGCAGCAGCUGGUGGUGUCGGGUUGGGUCUUGACGACUCCGCUCUACGCAACUUCCCUCAGCUGCUCUACUCCCAAGCGAAGCUCCAUAAAAGUGAGUCAGCGUCAACGUCAACGACUACGAGUUGUUCUAUAUGUUUGGGUGAUUACAAAGACACAGAUGUUUUAAGGCUGCUGCCUGAUUGUGGUCAUCUUUUUCAUCUCACUUGCGUCGACCCUUGGUUGAGGCUGCGUCCCACCUGCCCGAUUUGUCGGAACUCACCCGCCCCGACUCCGAUGGCUACUCCGCUUGCUGAGGUUGCUCCCUUGGCUGGGAGACGAGACUGAUUGGUUUGUACAAGAGUCAUCACUGAGAUUUUGGGUGAUCAAUGAGAUUUUUGUACAUUUUUCCGAAUUUGAUAUACAUGGUUUUUUUUUUUCCUCUUUCUAUGUAAGCACUACUGUUUAUACGCUGAGAUAUUUGUACAGAUUCAUGAGAUUCCCAUUUUUGUUGGGGAGCUUCACAUUUAAGCCCAAAGAUAGAGCCUAAAAUGUAGAAAAAUCCCACACUAGCCACCAUGGGUUAAAUAAUAUUUUAAA